AUGUUUUAUCAUGAUCUGAUGGGCAGAGUCAUGUCACGUGUCGUCGGGACGCUUCUAGCGCGCUCGACGCUUUUGACGAGCGUCGCCGCGGCGCUCGUCGUCCUGUCAUGCUGCUGCAGGUGCACCCGCGCAAGCGAGUUCCCCGAGCGGGAGUGCUGCGAUCUGAUAUUCCCGAUCCCCGAACCGACCGGACGAUCCACGUCCGCGCCUACACCUACUGGAAGAAGCGGAUCCGACAUCAAAGUACCGGUCGCCAUACUGAAUUGUCUCUACGCGCGUCAAUUGUGCUUCGAGGAUCCAUCUUGCAGUGCGAUUCUAGAAAUUAUACCGAGGGUUUGCGGUCCGGAAAUAGUGGCUUGUUCGACGGUGACAGUGACAAAGUGUCAAGCGGCCCUGCACACACUGCAAGCUUUCCCUUUCUUCCGCCCCACGUGCCUCUGCAGGGAGCCAAACGUAGAUCCGGAUUGCAACAGCUUCCAGAACUUCCUCUUCGACCAUCCCUGCAUCUACGUCUUAAAGAAGGACAAGGACCCGUACCCCAUCGACGCGCUGCCGACCUGCAACCACGCGCUGAGCGUUUGUUUACGCGGGAAACCGUGCAGCCAGAUAUUCGAGGACUUCAAAAGCAACUGCAAAGCGCGGGAGGGCAAAUGCCGUAUGGAGAGCCGAAGCGCCUGUCACGAUUCCUGGACGCAGCUUCGACUGUCGCCGAUGUUCGGUUGCAUAUGCCCGAACAAUCACAUGAAGAGGCGUUGCGACCGGAUCUUCUCGAUGGUGAAUCACAAUCCGUGCGUUGAGUUCCUGCCCUCCUCCACCUCCGUAGACCUGUCGGGCACGGACUCGGCCCUGUAUCCGUUCGACCCGCAGCAGGAGAGCUACCAGGAGCUCUGGUUACCGCCGACCAGUAUGUACCCCUAUUUUCUGUUCCCCGGGGCCGCGCGCACCUCGUACUACGACCACGAGAGCACGUACGACGUCCAGGAGCCGGGGGGACAGAGGCGUCAGCACGGGCAUCGUCAUCAGCACGGCCGUCAUCAGGAAGCACCGGAGUUGCCUGGCAGGCCCGGUGUCCUCGUGAUCGAGGGGUACGAUCCUCGUGCCGAUCACGAGGACCGGCAGGAGGCUCGUGCUGGUGCCGAGAAUGAGCAUCGGCCUGUUUACAGGGAGAAAGAUACGGAUGAUCGAUCCAUGGAGGGACCUGGAGGCUUCUAUGAUCGCGGCUCUUCUUCUUCAUCUUCUUCCUCUUUCUCUUCUUCUUCUUCUUCCUCUUCUUCUUCUUCUUCUUCUUCUUCCACGUUGUCCAAGCAUGAUCGUGCCUUCAGCACAGUGCACCUGCAGCCAAGGCACUCCCAAAGCGAGCAUGACGCGCACCUGCACCAUCAUCACCAUCACCAGCACCACAACCAGCACCACCACCCCGCACAACCUGCACCACCGUCAGUCGCGACGUCGUCUUCGUCUUCGUCGUCCUCGUCGUCCUCGUCGUCUUCUUCUUCGUCGUUGUCAUCGUCGUCGUCGUCGUCGUCGUCGUCGUUUCCGAGUUAUCCGCUGGCUCGUCCAACGCCUACCGUGGACGAGACGAAACGUAUCGAGCGGCCUGACCUGGUGCACCGGAAGAAAUUCGCACCAAGGCCCACCUACGAGCACCGGGCGAUCUUCGAUCGCGCCGACGACGACCUCGAUGACCUCGAGUUCAGGAUCGACGCGCUGCCAGUCGACCGGCUCUUCGAUCUCCGCGAGGCCUUCGAAGGGUUCGUCGACCAAGUAAAGGUCAUCUCGCAUUCGGACAACUCAACCAGCUUCGAGCUGAUCGAGUCGCAGGUGGAGAACCCGCUGAUCGACGCCGGUCACCAGGACCUGCUCGCCAUGAAGGAGAUCCCGAUCCCCGGGGGCACUCACCACAAAACGCAUCACAAGAAGAAUCAAACGGACGAUCACGAUCAGACGUCAGUAGUAUUGCCAUCUGCCUCGUCAGAUCUGGACAAAAUACAGCAGCCAGUGAAAGUCAUCCUCUCCAGCACGUGUCACCACGCUUACACCGCCUGCAAGAACGAUCCAGACUGCAAGGUCCUCUUAGAGCCGGUCCUGAAUCACUGCGAUUUAACGAGCUGCGCAAGGAACGAGUGCAUGGACGCUCUGCAGAACUUCUACAAGUCCGCCAACCACAAGCACUCCGUGGAGAUUGCGUUCUGUCUGUGCAGGAAGACAGAUGGCAAGAAGGACGAGUGCAUGGUGGCGCAGGAGAAAAUGCAUCCUGCGUGUGCGCAACGAGUCGAAGGCUCGUUGGAGAUGCCAACGUGCCACAGCUUGGCGGAGGCCUGCAAGGAAAACAGGGGCUGCAGAAUGAAGUUGGAGUACUACGAGCAAAGUUGCGCGGUGGACAGCGUGACGAAGAAAUGUGCGGGUCCGCCAGCCGAGUGUAGAAAAGCGAUGCUGGGAAUCCUCGGGACCGAGCUACGAUACAACUGCGCCUGCAAGGGCCCCGAUCUCACGCAAAUAUACGAUUGCCUCGGCUGGCAGAGACUUCUCUGGGUGAAUCCAUGUGUUGUCGAGUCCCAGAAGGACUAUCACGCACGCCGGAAACACCAUCAUUAUCCGCGAACAACGACGACGACCGUCUUAUCGACGACCAGGUCGCCGGUCAGCGUGACGACCGCCACCGCGGUGGUCGAACAAGUAGAAGAUAAUCAAAUACCGGAAGUGACGAAGUGGUCGACCACCGAACCCACGGAAACUUGGGAAAUCACUACGACUACGACGAGUACGACGACCACCACCACCACCACCACGAGCACCACGCCGAGCACCACCACGACCACCACCACGCCACCCCGCUUCUGCGUGGUUCAAAGGCUGAGGCAGAGUCACCAAUACAUAAGGGAGGGCAAAGGCAAGAGGCUCUAUCGCGACGACGAGCCGGAAUGCUCGGAACUCUGCCAGUGCAGCGAGGGUGAAGUUUUGAUCUGCAACACGAUCUGCGUGGAUUCGUCGCCCUGCCAGACGGACUUUGCCUUCUACAAUCACGAGGCACCGGCGUAUCAGGCGCAUCGCGGACCCUGCCUCUGUUACAGCGGUCGUUUCAUAUGCAUGCGGCCUUUACCCGAUGCUUACUCUAUACCGCACGGGGUUUUCAUGUUCCUGGGAUACAGCGAAAAGGACGAGAGCUUAUUGCGACAGCACAAUAAUGUCACAGUCCUGGACGCGAUCUCGUCCCUCGAUAACUUUAUGAGAGAAGAAGUUAAUAAUCAGACAGUGUGCACGCUCUUCUUGUACAACGCGACCCGAGAGAACGUGAUUGCAGUGGCGCGUCUCGGGACUGACAAUCCGCCCCUAAAUAGCAGCCAGGCUCAAAGUCUCCAGCAACUUCUGCGCGUCAAGGAGGAGUGCGCCUCGAUGCUGCAGGAUCUCAGCGACAAAAUCAACAACAAGCACCACGACGUCCACACGCAUCCCCUGCUCUCGAUCUUCAAGAUGGCCGAGGUCGAGGUCAAGUUACCGUACAGCAACGAGGUCGGAGGUCUCUCGAGGUCGUCGAGCGCCCUACUCGUAGCGAUCCUCCUGCUCCUCAGCCUGCUUCGAUCGACGACGUCUACGUGCCUGGUCGCCUCGUGACACGGGCC